AUGGCCUCCCCGAGCCCCACGCUGGACCCAAAGGAGGAGUGGGAUUAUCUGGAUCCAGCUCAGAGAAGCUUGUAUAAAGAUGUCAUGAUGGAGAAUUAUGGAAACCUGGUCUCACUGGAUGUUUUAAACAGAGAUAAGGAUGAGGAGCCAACUGUGAAACAAGAAAUUGAGGAAAUUGAGGAAGAAGUGGAGUCAAAGGGUAUAAUAGUUACAAGAAUCAAAAGUGAAACUGACCAGGAUCCCAUGUGUAGAGAAACCUUUGAACUUGUUGGUAGGUUAGAUAAACAGAGAGGAAUCUUCUUAUGGGAAAUACCAAGGGAACCUUUGACCCAGGAACAAAGAAUGUUCAGAGGAAACACUAACAUUAUUCGUAAGAGACCUAACUCAGAAGGGAAAUGCCAUAAAUGUGAAGAAUGUGGAAAGGGUUUUGUCCGCAAGGCCCAUUUCAUUCAACAUCAACGGGUUCAUACUGGUGAGAAACCGUUUCAAUGCAAUGAAUGUGGGAAAAGUUUUAGUCGCAGUUCAUUUGUUAUUGAACAUCAGAGAAUUCACACUGGAGAAAGGCCCUAUGAGUGUAACUACUGUGGAAAAACCUUUAGUGUGAGCUCAACCCUUAUUAGACAUCAGAGAAUCCAUACUGGAGAGAGACCCUAUCAGUGUAAUCAGUGUAAACAGAGCUUCAGCCAGAGAAGGAGCCUUGUUAAACAUCAGAGGAUUCACACAGGUGAGAAACCCCAUAAGUGUAGUGACUGUGGGAAAGCCUUCAGUUGGAAGUCACACCUUAUUGAACAUCAAAGAACUCACACUGGUGAAAAACCUUAUCACUGUACCAAAUGUAAAAAAAGCUUUAGCCGAAAUUCAUUACUAGUUGAACAUCAAAGAAUUCACACUGGAGAAAGACCCCAUAAAUGUGGUGAAUGUGGGAAAGCCUUUAGAUUAAGUACAUACCUUAUACAACACCAAAAAAUCCACACUGGUGAGAAGCCUUUUCUUUGUAUUGAAUGUGGAAAAAGUUUCAGUCGGAGCUCAUUUCUUAUUGAACAUCAGAGGAUCCAUACAGGUGAAAGACCUUAUCAGUGCAAAGAGUGCGGGAAAAGCUUCAGUCAACUUUGCAACCUUACUCGUCAUCAGAGAAUCCACACAGGAGAUAAACCCCAUAAAUGUAAAGAAUGUGGGAAAGCCUUUAGUAGAAGCUCAGGUCUCAUUCAGCAUCAGAGAAUUCAUACCAGAGAGAAGACAUAUUCAUACAAUGAAACUAACAAAAGUUUUGAUCCAAAUUGCAGUCCUGUUAUACAGCAGGAAGUCUUCCCUAAGGAAAAAUCGUAUAAAUGUGAUGAAUGUGGGAAAACUUUUAGUGUCAGUGCUCAUCUUGUACAACAUCAAAGAAUCCACACUGGUGAAAAGCCCUACUUAUGUACUGUGUGUGGGAAAAGCUUCAGUCGGAGCUCAUUUCUUAUCGAACAUCAGAGAAUCCACACAGGUGAGAGACCCUAUCGAUGUAGACAGUGUGGCAAAAGCUUUAGUCAACUUUGUAAUCUUAUUCGACAUCAGGGUGUCCACACAGGUAAUAAACCCCAUAAAUGUGAUGAAUGUGGAAAAGCCUUUAGCCGGAACUCAGGCCUUAUUCAGCAUCAAAGAAUACACACAGGAGAGAAACCUUAUAAAUGUGAGAAGUGUGACAAAAGUUUUAGUCAACAGCGCAGCCUUGUCAACCAUCAGAAGAUGCAUGCAGAAAUGAAAACCCAAGAAAUCCAUGAAUGUGAUGCUUGUGGUGAAGCCUUCAAUUGCCGCAUAUCUCUUAUUCAGCAUCAAAAAUUGCACACUACAUGGAUGCAGUAA